CGUGUACCUUGCCUUUCGCUCGCCUCUUCAUUUCUUUGACCUCAACCGUCUGUGCAUGACCUCCCUCCAUGUAGCGCUCCUACGAUGUCGGCAAUAGGGGGGAGCAAUGGCUCCGACACAUACGGUAAGUCGAUAACUGAACGAUCUGCUCCCUGACUGCUGCAACACGGAUGGAUUUGAUCACGUUCCUACAGCCGCACACAACAAUUGGAGCUUUCGAGAGUCAUUCUUGGAGAUAAUAACCCCAGGACAUCAUAAAGAAUCUUCGCAUCGGCCGGUAAACUGCCAGAGCUCAUACUUCUCCGUUCAACAAUGGUCGCAUCGAAGUUUGUCGCGGUCCCAUUCGGUGGAUCAAGAAUCAUUAUGCCUCGCGUCGUUUGACAACACACACCAUUUCAGCAAAUCUCGCAAGGCUUGAGCAUUUCUAGCUGGGAAGCUCAUAGAGCUGGUAUUCAUCCUCAACGAGAUCCUUUCCCGUGGAAUUAUACUAGUCCAUGGCCAUUGGAUGGACUGUUCACAACAAUCCCCCCUUCCCCACUUCCCCCAAAGGUCUGACGGCAUUUGGAGCAACAUUAAGCCUUACUUAUAUUUGCCCAAUUUGAGCGCUCUACCCCAGCUAUGGGAAAUCUAGUUUUCCUGCAGGGGCGCAGAAGAAGUCUGAGAGAAUACUUUCUUGCGAAACCGGACUGCCUGUGCACCGCUCGUUCAUCCGCUCGGGAAACCGCGUUGGUGCUUUCGCCUUCAUGAUAGUCCCUCUAUCCGUGUCCGCAGCAGCUGUCAGAUCGUCCAUUUUCUAAGACUUUUGGUGCUAACUUAUGAUGUGCCGCUCUUUCUCUCGAAACCGGGUCUUCGGAGUGAGUUCACAGGCCUAAUUGAUCGUUCUGUAAAUGAGAACAUCAAUGCUUUAGUCUGCACAAUGGCCCUCUUACUCCUUGAAGGCUCGGGCAUUCGUUGGGAAAGUCAAGCACAGUCAAAUGCAGAUCAAGAUGGUCUUUCAAAGAGCCAAAGUCCUCUAGAGCGGCUGGGCUUCAAAUUACACAUUGGCGAUAAGAAGACAAGAGACGGGCAAGUUCCGAAGAGAAGAGGUCCAAAGCCAGACAGCAAACCGGCGCUUACCCGUCGCCAAGAGCUCAACCGACAGGCACAAAGAACGCAUCGUGAGCGCAAGGAGCUUUACAUCAAGGCACUUGAGCAGGAAGUUCUGCGCCUGAAAGAGCUUUAUGAACAAUCCGUCAAGGAGAAACAGCAAGUUGUCGAAGAAAAUCAGGCUCUCCGGGAAGCUCUCAGAGCAUAUGGGAUACAAUACGACCCCAGAGUGGCACCAUACAACACAGCGUCAUCCCAAUAUGGUGAAAGUACCGCAAGUAUAACGAACAGCCAAACGAGAGCUUCCAUGUCCACUGGUGUAACGUCACCCACACCUCCGGGGCCGUCAAUUCCAAAUCCAAGUAGCCAGGGUAGUCCACCGACAUUGGAGGGGGCGAUGAUAUCCGCCCCACACGGUUAUCAGACGAGCCCUCAGCAGCAAAAUUUUGAUCAUAAUCAAGUUGGCAUUGAUUUCGUUCUAACAUUGGAGAAACCAUGUCAAGAUCACAUGCAGAUGCUACUUGUGCGUUCGGAAGAUUCGGACGGCGAAAUCUCUGGUCACGUCCUUAUGGCGACAUGUCCGCCACACUCACACAUUCUUGAUAAACCGGAGGAAAAGUACCCACACAAAGUGUCUGACCUACCUGGAGCGGAGCUAGAAAAGCUGUUAAAUCUCAGCGCGCAACUACCGAUUGCAGAGUGCGAGUUGCCUCCUGUACGAGCCUGGGCGAUGAUCAGGAACCACCCACGCUUCACAGAACUUACAAAAGAGGAAUGUGAAGCGUUAAGGGAUGAACUCGCGCCUAAGAUUAGAUGCUAUGGGUUUGGUGCAGUGCUUGAGGACUUCGAGGUCCGUGAUGCAAUCGCUAAGAUCAUGGCCAACAAGCGCGAGUACGAUCAUGAUCCAUCACAAAUGGAUAUUGAAUGGAACUCUUCACCUGACCUCGAAGCCUUUCAAGGCUAAACUGGCCUGCUGGAGGGAGGUAUCAUCUUAAAUUUGGAACUUCGCGAAGCAAUGCUGUUGUAUAAGUCCCGUCAAUGCGUGAGAGGUCCGAAGUACAGAUGACGUUGACGUGGAUACUUUCGAAGGAUUUAUUUUGGUUUUCUAACGAGGUUCGUUUUCUCUUAGUGAGGCUUCGCCGCUACUUCUGACAAGGUACUCCGUAUGCGCGAUAUAGCUAUGUGGUCAUAUAUACAAUAUGAUCAAGAAAUACUUCAGUCAUUUCGUUCGAUUGCUGGAAUAAGUUUAUAUAUCAAAAUGUGCCCGCUCAAAGCACCGCGUAAGCUGCAGCGUACCUUACAUCGGGUUUGGGGUAUAAAAUAAACCUAUACUACUGCAAAUAAAGCAGCACAUUGUUCUAGCAUGAGGCUUGGGACAAACUAUGUCCUUCCCUAGAAAGCCGCACUCAUAUCUGGAUGUACAAAUGUCAUGCCUGAAACGUCCUCCCUCUUACAUAAUUACAGUCUCGCAAAAAGACAAGUUGAUAGCUCACAAUACCCAUACGGCUGUCAAUUGUUCA